AUGUUAUCACAUGAUACACUUCAUUCAAAACAAGUUAUUAAAAUACAAGAUUUAAUAAAACAUUAUGAUUCCUUAUUAGCAAGUGGACAUGAACCUAAAACACAUGUUGGAAGUCAUUUAUUCGUUUCUGAAGGAAUACAUUUAUAUGAAAGUGGUCUUAUAUUAGUUUUAUUAAUUGAACAAUUUCUUCCAUUACCAUUAAAUAAACAAUUAUUACCUAAAUAUUUACCAUUAAUAUUAUAA